AACAUGGCGUCUGAUAGUGACGGCGAGGAGGAUUUUGUGACUUACGGGACCCCUUUAGAACCCCUAGAAGAAGAUCAGCCUCUGAAAAAACCGAUCCCCAUUCAAGAUCAGACGGUCAAGGAUGAGAAGGGACGUUACAAAAGGUUCCAUGGAGCCUUCACCGGGGGCUUUUCUGCUGGUUACUUCAAUACUGUGGGAUCCAAAGAAGGAUGGACACCAUCAACAUUUCUGUCAUCACGUCAGCAGAAGGCAGAAAAACAUGUGUCCAGGCCGGAAGAUUUCAUGGAUGAGGAGGAUUUUAGUGAACAUGGAAUUGCACCCUGUGAAAUCACAACCACAGAUGAUUUUGCAUCUGGGAAAAAGAACCAGAUCAGAGACAAAGCCCGAGCCAUCGCUUCACUGACAGGACCCAUCCCUGGAGACACUGUCCUGGAGGACCUUGUCACCCCAGCCAGGAGCUCGAUCGGUGUGGAGCUGCUGAGGAAGAUGGGCUGGAAGGAGGGGCAGGGGGUGGGGCCACGGCUGAAAAGGAAAUCUGCCAAACAGAAAACCGAUCCUGGAGUGAGAGUCUAUGGCUGUUCACUGCCACCAAAUGGGUCAGAGGAGUCAGAGGAGGAAGAAGAUGAAUACAUCCCUGAAAAUGUGACCUUUGCCCCAAAAGAUGUUACACCCAUUGACUUCACCCCCAAAGACGAUCUGCAUGGGUUGGGGUACCGAGGUCUGAACCCCCAGCAGGCCUUGAUGGGUUGUUCUGGUGCAGGGCAUAUUGACCUCUUUACCCUGGACUCUGACAGGGCCAGCAGCCUGCUGGGAGACCCUGGGCCAAGAAAUAAGAGGAGAGGUGGAGUUACUGGCCAGGCAUUUGGAGUGGGGGCCAUGGAGGAGGAUGAUGACGAUAUCUACCACAGAGACUCUCUCUCCAACUACUACACUGAACUGGGAGGAGAGGAAAAAGAAGAUGGGCUGUAUGGAUGGACAGCUCCACAGCAGUAUACCAAGAAGAAGAAAGGAUCUGACAAAGAUGCUGCAUAUCUGGGUAAAAUUUUGGAGGGAUUUACACUGGCUACCAAGACUGUGGACACUAAAAUAGUCUUCCCUCCUCCAGAGCUUCCCCGGGAUUACAGACCCGUGCACUACUUCCGCCCUGUUGUGGAUCUGUCCACUGUCAGUCCCCUGGUGGCCCAGGCCCUGCAGGCGUCAGUGGGACAGGUGUCCCAGGAUUCCCAGCAGAAGGGACGACACCAGAUGGAUGCUUCUCAGAGGAGAGACCUGCUGGGAGAGUCGGCUCUGCAAGGGCCCAGCUCAGUCUUCGACUUGCUGGACAGUAAGGAUAAGGAGCGUCUGGCGAACCUCAGGAGGGCAACAGAGGAGAGGAGGCCGGCUGAGAGCUCCUCUGAAAACAGGAAUUCGGCCAUGGUGGAAGCAGGCGUGGCGGCUGCAGCCGCUCUGGCCUCCGCCCAGCAAGCCCUGUCCAGCCCGACAGCCAGCUCAUCCCAGAUGUACAGGCCGUUUGAGAAGAACCCUUACAAACAAGCACGCUAUGACAUGUACAUCAGCAAGCUCAAACAGGGAGAGAAAGAUGCUCUGGAGAGCAGCCUGGACCCCACCAUGACGGAGUGGGAGCGGAGUCGGGAGAGGGAUGAGUUCAUGCGCGCCGCCAUUCUGUACAAACCCAGCAGCUCCUCCCUGUCCAGCAGGUUCACCCGCGGCAAGCAUGAGGAUGACGGUGACACUGUGGAAGUCCCACGUGACCAGGAGGGUGAUGUUGGUGACAAGCAGGCAGCAGUGAAGAUGAAAAUGUUCGGCAAGCUGACAAGGGACACAUUUGAGUGGCACCCUGACAAACUGCUCUGUAAGAGGUUCAACAUCCCUGACCCUUACCCUGGGUCAGGGUUUGUGGGGCUGCCCAAGGUGAAGAGAGACAAGUUCUCUGUGUUCAACUUCUUAAACCUGACGGACAGCAACAGCACUAUCAGCAGUGACGUUCCACAUGUUGCCCCCAGACCUGCAAAGCCCGGCAAGAUGUCAAGGUGGGACAUGGCCCCGGCCAGUGAGGUGAAGGACCCCCUUAGCGAGUUCCUUAGCCAGGCUCGCAGUACGGCAUCAUCACUUCAGCAGGAAGAGGGCAAACUGGACAUCCCCACCCCAGCACCAGACCCCACUGCGGAGUCAAAAGUGGCAGAGCAGCAGCAACAGAAGGAGGAGGAGGAGGAGGAAGAGGAGAGCAGGCCGCCCAUGGAUUUAUUCAAAGCCAUCUUUGCCAGUUCUUCCGAUGAGAAGUCUUCCUCUUCAUCUGAGGGCGAGAGUGAAGAAGAGGAGGAGGAAACUGUUGUGGAGGAUGCUGGGCCACAAAAGUCGAGUCCACUCAACACCAGCAUCAACCCACCAGCUCCACCUGUCCCCACACAGACCACGAGAGAGUUGAAAACCUCUCCAGCACAAAGUGGCUCCACUACCAUUCCCCCCAGGGACCACAGAGAGGAAGAAGAGGAGUUUGGUCCCAGGCUACCUCCUCCUUCACUACCAUUGGGAGAGCGGCCACCAUCCUUGGUACCCUCACACAAGGAGGAAAAGCGCAAGAAGAAGUGCAAAGUGAAGCACAAGGCUAAGAAGGCACACAAACACAAGAAGGAAAAAAAGCAAAAGAAGAAACACAAAAAGCAGAAGCGCAAGGGCAAGCAGAAGAAGAAGGAGGAGGAGGCCAGCAGCGGUGCAGAUGGCUCUGAGGACAGUGACAGUGACACAGAUGACAGCUCUGGUGCUAUCUCUACCGAGGAGCUGCUAAAACGGUUAAAAACACUCAGCGGGAAGAAAUUGUGAUCAAUUUGUUGACACAGAAGAAAGGCUUGUCUCCUCCAUGAGGAUACUGUGAGGCACACUGUUAUGAUGUAACAUAAUGUCAAACAUAUAACGCAUAUCUUACUGUCGUUCUGAGCAAUGUGAAGAUGAAACUCCUGUAACUGGAGGAUUUGGGUGCUGGUCAUUAGA